UGACCAUCCAUUUCACUGUCGUUGACGGAUUUUAUUGCGUCUGUGUCAGUGUCGUCGUCGUCGUCGAUGAUGAGAUGAAUGACAAAGUCGGGUAUGUCGCAAGGAGUGGCGAGUGGGUAGGUAUUAGGACGGAACCCUCGACUUGGGCAAGUGGUCUAAGAGUUGUGUGAUGGUAUCAAGACGGCGGUGCGAGUUGGUUUUGUGUCGUCGUGGUCGUGUUCGUCGUCGUCAGCGUGAGUGGUCGUCAGGAAGAUUCGUAACGUCGUCGAAGAUGUCAAUUGGCACUCGAGACGGAUUACUGGCGUGGAUAGUAUUUGGCUUCCCAAUGUUCCAUCGAUCAAGUCUAGGCCAGGCGAGGCGAGGCGAUGCUAGACCUUCUCUCCUGCUAAGUGGCGUUAUCGAGGUCCUAGCCCAAAGUGUCUUGGCUUGCGGAUCGGUCGAGUCUUCCAGACUCGGGUCGUCGUGGGGGAGUCGGGUGUUGCUCGACGAAGCGAUCGCGGCCUCUCGUGAAUGGUGUUUCUUCGCAAGAUUUCCGGCGGCCUAUCGGUCGGUAGAAAUCAAGAGUCGAAAUCGCAGACGGGCGAGGUACGGUGGUGGUGAGAGGGAAGGGAUGGGGAGAUGGGGGUGUUGAAAGAGGUGAUGGUAGCGGGCGGAGAGGAGGGUGCGACUUGGAUUUGGGGCGUGGGCCGUGCCAGGGGGUGGGGGGGGAUGGAGGAGAGGAAAGUGAAUGAAGAGAGAGUAAAGGCAGAUGCAACGCAAGCAACGCAACGCGAGGCAACGCAACGUAGUGUACGCCAGCAGUACCCGUCAGGUAUAGGUAGGGUAAGUGAGUGCGUGUACAGUACUAGAGAAGAGUGCGUAAA